AUGGGGGGGGGGCGGAAGAAGAAAAACAAAAAUAAAUGGGAUGUUGAAGAGCAAUUAACUCAGUUAGAGAACAUAAAGGAAAAGGUUAAAACGAAGAGACGAAGCAAAUCGAGAGAAAACGAGAGGUUUUCUGCUAAUCUUUUCCUUGCAAACUUUCCUCCGAUAAGUAGAAAGAGAGUUUGUGAUAUGAGUUCAAGUGAAGCUUUUCCCGUGAUGCAGGAAAUCAUGCUUGAGUUUCGUGCUGGUAAGAUGUCUUUGCAAGGAACACGAGUUGUCCCUGAUGCCCGAAAAGGACUUGUUCGCAUUGCUAGAGGUGAAGAGGGACUAGUUCAUUUCCAGUGGCUUGAUCGAACCCAGAAUGCUGUAGAAGAUGAUCAAAUUGUUUUCCCUGAUGAAGCUCUAUUUGAAAAGGUUAAUCAAUCAUCCGACAGGGUGUACAUUUUGAAGUUUAACAGUGAUGACCGCAAGUUAUUCUUAUGGAUGCAGGAGCCGAGAGCUGAAGGUGAUGCAGAGAUAUGCUCUGCGGUCAAUCAGUACCUUAAUCAACCACUAGAGUUUGGUGAAGGACAUGCAGUUGCUAUCCAGGAGGACGUGGAAGACAUGGCAGAAGGCGAUGUUUCAUCCAGAGCUGGAAACUUGGUUCUACCAAAUGUGUCUAGAGAGGUGAGUGACGUGUCAUCUUCGUCUGGACCAGUUAAACUGGCAGAUCUGCAAAGAAUUCUCAACAAUCUCUCUUCUGGUCCUGUAGGUAUUGCUGGAGAUGAAAACGAAGGCCUAGCUUUAGGGGAUAUCCUAAAGGCAGAGUUGAUCAUGCCAUUGCUGGAGAUGUUACCUGUACAAGAACGAUUGUCUUCGCAUUUACCUGAGGGUCACUGUACGGCAGAAGAUAUACUGGAGUUGUUGCAGAGCCCUCCUUUUCGUCAGCAAGUAGAUGCCUUCACCUAUGUACUUCGCACUGGACAGAUAGAUUUGACUCAGUUUGGUAUCGACCCAAGUAAAUAUAAGUUCACAGUUGUCUCAUUCCUAGAGGCACUUGAGGACUCGGUUUCACCGCAAUCAAACGACGCAAUGGAUGAGAGUUGAUCUUUUCAUAUUCUCAUGACCUUUCAACUAAGAAAAUCAUUUCGUUGUUUGAUGAAUUUGGAUUUAUGAAGUUUUGUUGAAGUUUGUGUUGGGAUUUUAUUUUGAUAAAAUUUGAACCUAUAGCCCGAAAAAAUCUAUAAUUAACUGAGAGCAUAGUAAGCAAUUGGCUAGAAUAAAAAAACUAAAUAUGCUUCCACCCUUUUAUUGUUUUGAUUGCCACUUUGCCUCUUCUUUCAUGUUUGCAAUAUUUUUUUUGUUUUUUUAUUCUAAAUAUGCUUCCACC